CCCAUCCCUCUUGUAGAAGUGCUCACUGGGAGUUCAGUGCUGAGUGCCUGGAGCUGAGCUCAUGUCAAAUUUCUGCGACUUCUUCUUACUGAAGACUGGAAAGGAUCCUUGGAAAUCCUCAAGCAUAACAAUGGAGACAGUGACCUUUGAGGAUGUAGCUGUGAAGUUCACCCCAGCAGAGUGGGACUUGCUGACUCCAUCCCAAAAGAAGCUCUACAGAAGAGUGAUGUGGGAAACAUAUAUGAAUAUUACUGCAACAAGAAGAAUAUGGAAUAAUCAGCAAAUUAAGGAAGAGGACAAAAAUUGCUCAAGUAGUAUAAGAUGUGAUGAAGGCAAUUAUUUGAGAAUUGAAGAGCAGCAAUAUAAAUGUAAUGAAGAUGUAGAGACCUGCAGUGAUUUCCAGUCCUUUUGGAAGCAUGAAAUGAGGAAGACUGUAGAGAGACCCUGUGAAUAUGGGCAAUAUGAGGAGAGAUCUGAUAUUAGUGAACAAACACACGCUGGGCAGAAAAUUUUUGCAGGUAACAAAAGUGUCAAAGCCCACACAACACCUAACAGUGUUCAAACCCCCAAGACAAACCACGAUUCAGGUAACUCGUAUGUACAAAAACACUAUGAGAAUAAUUCUAUUUCUUCAUCCAAUAUUGAAAAACCUGUUAGAAAAUAUGGUAUAGAGAAAGAUCAUAUAACUGAAAAAUGUGCAAAAGCAUUAUCUCACAGUAAUAUCUUUAAAAAACAUAAGAAACUUCACACUGGAAAGCAACCAUAUGAAUGCAAGCAAUGUGGGAUAGCAUUCAAUAAACUCAGUGGCUGUCAAAGUAAUAAAAACAUUCACACUGGGGAGAAAUCCUUUGCAUGCAACAAAUCUGGGAAAGCAUUCAGUACAGCCUCUGCUUGUGAAGUACAUGAUAGAAUUCACACUGGGGAGAAACCCUUUGUAUGCAAGCAAUGUGGGAAAUCUUUCAGUCAAAAUCGUGACCUUAUUACACAUGAAAUAAUUCACACUGUGGAGAAACGCUUUGCAUGCAACAAAUGUGGGAAAGCAUUCAAUCAAAAGUCUAUCCUUAUUAGACAUGAAAGAAUUCACACAGGGGAUAAACCUUAUGUAUGCAACAAAUGUGGGAAAGCAUUCAAUCAAAAGUCUAUCCUUAUUAGACAUGAAAGAAUUCACACAGGGGAUAAACCUUAUGUAUGCAACAAAUGUGGGAAAGCAUUCAAUCAAAAGUCUAUCCUUAUUAGACAUGAAAGAAUUCACACAGGGGAUAAACCUUAUGUAUGCAACAAAUGUGGGAAAGCAUUCAAUCACGCAUCUGCUUGUAAAGCACAUUAUAGAAUUCACACUGGGGAAAAACCCUUUGUAUGUAAGCCAUGUGGGAAAUCUUUCAAUCAAAAGUCUAACCUUAUUAAACAUGAAAGAAUUCACACAGGGGAUAAGCCUUAUGUAUGCAACAAAUGUGGGAAAGCAUUCAGUACAUCCUCUACUUGUAAAGUACAUGACAGUAUUCACUCUGGGGAGACACCCUUUGUAUGUAAGCAAUGUGGUAAAUCUUUCAGUCGAAAUAGUGACCUUAUUAAACAUGAAAGAAUUCACACAGGGGAUAAACCCUAUGUAUGCAACAAAUGUGGGAAAGCAUUCAGUACAUCCUCUGAUGGUAAAUCUCAUGAUAGAACUCACAUUGGGGAGAAACCCUUUGUAUGUGAGCAAUGGGGGAAAUCUUUCUGUCAAAGCAGUCACCUUAUUAUUCAUGAAAGAACUCACACUGGAUAGAACAUCUAUGGUACAACAAUUAUGCCAAAACAGACAGUAUGCAGAAGUGCUGAAAAUAAACCCUUUCCAUUGAAGUAAGCAAUUUGUGAUGUAUUUUAGCUAUAAUAGUAGCUUUCUUGUAUAGAAAAUAAUUCUCUGUAUAAAAAUUCCCUAUCUAUAUGAGAAAUGAGUAAAUGGAUUUGUUUAUACAUUCUCCCUAUACAAAACCAAAUAUCCCACACUGGGAAAAAAAUCCCAUGAACAUAAGGAAUAUAGGAAGACUUUCCAUACCAUUGAGAUUGCCACUACAUUUAAGAACUACCUCGCUGUAGUAAUUCUAUGCAUUUGAACAAUGGUACAUCAUAUGUAGCACACAAAAAUGCCAUAGGGAAAUUUUGCACACAAGGAAGAUAUCCUAUAUAUGUAGGCAGUAUGGCAAAGAUUUGCUGCAGUGUUGCCCUUUGGCAAACAUAAGAUUCCUCUCACAUUGGGGAGUAACUGUAUGUAAGAAAGAUUUGGUAGACGUUCAGCUGACAGCUGCUAACCUUCUGAGUGAUGUCAUACUAUGUCCCGAGGUUAUGUAUGCAAUGUGGGAAAGCACUCAGUAUACAUGGCUAUUGUCAAAAGUGUGAAAGUAAUCCUAGUUAAGUGAAAUCAUAUAUAUGUAAGGGACUAUUCUGAAAAUAAUUUCAAAAUUAGUCAUGUAGAGGAGAUCUGCCAAAAUAUUAUAAAAUAAUUUCUGUCAAUAUAUAUUCAUACAUUUUUGAAGACAACCUGAAACAGAAUCAUCCUAAAAUAUUUUUGUCUUGUUUUACAAAUUACACAUAAAUAUUUUAUCUGU